ACACAUCGCAGCACAUUACUGGAACGAGAAGACACCGACCGUCCAUUUCUAUCUGUGACCGCCAGUGAAAGAUGUAUCGGUGCAGCUCCUCAGCCUCUCGGAUCACACGGCCGACUUUGAGGGCAGUUCGCCAUGUCAGAAGCAGAGGCGUCGAUAAAGAGCAAACUAUUAGGGGAUAUGGAGACCAUUCAUACAAACCACCUACCAUGAAUGAUCUUCCAGUCCCCCAGGGAUCAUGGCAACAGUCGUACCAGAGGUUGCAGAGAAGAAACAAUUUCCAUCUUGGUUUUGGUGCUGGAUUUCUAGGUUUCACAUUGUUUGUGGCAAAACAAUCUGGUUUAGUAAACCUUGGCCUCGGUCCUGGUAAGGUCCAGUUUCCGAAAGCUGCACCAGCAGAAGAGGAGGAAGCUUCAGGUGAAGAGGAGAUAGAAGCAGCUGCUGAGCCUGCAGAAGAGCCUGCAGUAGAAGCCGCUGAAGAGCCUGCAGCAGUGGAGGAAGCCCCAGCUGCGGCUGAAGAGGCUCCUGCGCCUGCAGAAGAACCUGCUGCUGUAGAGGAAGCUGCACCUGCGCCUGCAGAAGAAGCAGCUCCUGCGCCCGUAGAAGAAGCUGCCGCCGUAGAGGAAGCUGCACCAGCCCCUGUAGAAGAGGCUGCGCCAGCUCCUGUUGAAGAAGCACCUGCGCCAGCUCCUGUUGAAGAAGCACCUGCGCCUGUAGAGGAAGUUCCUCCAGCCCCUGUAGAAGAAGCUGCUCCUGCUCCAGUAGAAGCACCACCAGCUGCAGAAACAGAAGCAGCUGCAGAAACAGAAGCAGCAGCUCCUGCUGAAGAAUCUGCACCUGAGCCAACCCCUGAACCUGCUGCACCUGAGCCUCCAGCACCAGCUCCAGAACCAGUUAGCGAGCUUGCACAAGAGCCUGAAGCAUCACCAGAACCACCUGCACAACCAGCGGUAGAACCCACGCCUGAGCCAGAGGCACCUGUAGAAGUUGAACCUCAACCUGUAGUUGAGUCCAGUCCUGUGACAGAGGAGGAAUCAAGUCCAGCCAAAACUGCUCCUGUGAUUGAGCAAGCCCCAGUUGUAGAUGUUCCCCUUGAACCCACAACAGAACCUGUACCUGAACAAGCCCCAGUUAUAGAUGCCUCCCUUGAGACACCAACAGAACCUGAACCUGAGCCAGUUGCUGCCGUUAAACCUUCCAUUCCUGAGCAUGUUCCAUAUUUGAUCAUUGGGGCUGGUACAUCAUCUGUCGCGGCAUUUAGGGCCAUUAAGGCACGAGAUGCCAAAGCCAAGAUACUUGUUGUGUCUGGAGAGGGUGAGAGCCCCUACAUGAGACCACCAUUGAGUAAAGAAUUGUGGUAUUCCGAUGACCCAGAAACGCCUUCCAAGCUCCGUUUCAAGCAAUGGAAUGGCAAAGAGAGAAGCAUCUUCUUCGAACAUGAAGACUAUUAUACUCCAGUUGCAGAACUAGCUACAAGGGAAAAUGGAGGCAUUGCUAUACUCAAAGGCCGAAAAGUUGUCAAGCUUGACAUUCACAAGAAGCGUGCUUUCAUGGAUGAUGGGACCGAAGUAUCUUACGACAAGUGCCUUAUUGCUACAGGGGGCAGUCCAAAAUCACUACCUGUCUUGGAGAGAGCUGAAGAUGAUAUCAAGAAGCAUGUUACACUGUUUCGUACAAUUGCUGAUUACAAGAGUUUGCAUGAUGUCGUCAAGGAAGGAAAACACGUUACGAUUAUUGGUGGAGGUUUCCUAGGAUCUGAACUUGCUUGUGCCUUAGGACACAUGGCCAAGAGCACCAAAGGCUCUGUAACACAGAUCUUCCCAGAAGGAGGGAAUAUGGGGAAAAUUUUACCUGAAUACCUAUCCACUUGGACUACCCAGAAAGUCCAGUCAGAGGGAGUAAAUAUUGUAUCAAAUGCCUAUGUCAAAACUGCAAAUACUACUGAGGAUGGGAAGUUGUCCUUGAUAUUGAAUUCUGGCAAGGAGAUUGUUACAGACCAUGUCAUUGUAGCAGUUGGUUUGGAACCAAAUGUAGAUUUAGCUGUGUCGUCAGGUCUUGAGACUGAUGAAACACAUGGUGGCUUCAGGGUUAAUGCAGAAUUAGAAGCUCGCUCCAAUCUGUGGGUGGCCGGCGAUGCAGCAUGCUUUUAUGACAUCAAGUUGGGUCGUCGACGUGUAGAACAUCAUGACCAUGCCAUUGUAUCAGGGAGACUUGCAGGAGAAAACAUGACUGGUGCAGGAAAACCUUACUGGCAUCAGAGUAUGUUCUGGUCUGAUCUGGGUCCAGAUGUUGGAUAUGAGGCAAUUGGUAUAGUUGAUUCAUCCCUACCAACUGUUGGGGUUUUUGCAAAAGCAACUGCGAAAGAUACUCCUAAAGCUGUUGUUGAAGAGACAGGAGAAGGACUAAGAUCAGAAACAGAAGAGAUGGCAAGUGAAACCUCCCUAGCACAUUCAAGUGCACCGCAUGUACCGGUCAAGGGUGAGGACUACGGUAAAGGCGUUAUAUUCUAUCUCAGAGAUAACGUCGUAGUUGGAAUUGUCUUAUGGAAUGUGUUCAAUCGAAUGCCAAUUGCCAGAAAGGUAAUCAAGGAAGGAAAGAGCUAUGAUGACCUAAGUGAAGUAGCCAAACUCUUCAGCUUGCACUCUGAGUAAUUACCAAGCUGAACGCAUCGAUGUUCAAGUCAUUCACAAUGUGUACAUAAAAGUUUCUAGCGCUCAAGUUCCAUGAUACGUGAUUAAAGAGGUGCCAUGUGCUAAGAGUACUUAACAAGAAAAACAUUCUUAUUUCUACUUUGCUGUGUACUUGGUUUGAGGGUGCUGGCAUCUUUUAUUUUUUAAUAUAUGAAAAUGGUAUUUAUGGGAAUGAUUUCACUAGAAUUUGGUCAAUAGUUUUGUGGUAGGUCCUCAUGAGCGAUAUUUUAAAAACAUUUUUUUUUUUUUUUAUAGAAUUCUGGCUAUAAAAGAUAUGACGCCUUUUGCGUCAGAAGUUUUGAGGUUCCUCUGUAUGCCAAAAUUUAUUUUUGUAAUCUUGCGUUAGCUUUACAUGAUCAGCAAAACUCUUUAUUACUGGAGCUCCAUUUGUUUCUGUAUUUUUAGAGGCAUAUGAAUUUUAUAAUCAGAGUUCUGAAAGUAAUACAACUCAAAAUAGGUUCCAUUAGUUGGUGGUCAUAGCCUGCCUGCCUCUUUAAUCCUUUCUCCUUCAUGUGCAGAUGAGUGAAUGCUUCAUUGCCUUUUCUCAGGUUGAGCGAUUUUGAAAUGAGUAAUGGGAGAUUCCCCCCUUUAAUUUAAACUUUUCUGAUGUUGAGGUUUCAUGUAUUAAUGUGUGUUUAUAUGCUGCAGAAUAUGUAUUUUCAGUAUAAUACUGUUUUGCUGUUUGUAGGACUUACUGAUAAUUUGUCAUUUGAAUGCACGAAGUUAAGAUUACACAAAGUUUGGUAUUUAUAGAUACAAGACAAUUUCAGUUAUAUUUUUUCCUUGGCCUUGGCAUAUCUUCAUGUUCCUUUGCUAUGUAUUUUUUUUUAAUGCACAGCAGUUUUGGUAUUAUAUAUUAUUCGACCAUUUUUGGGCUCCGAUAAUGCUGAAUUUGUGCAUUUAAUUGACCCAUCAUGUAAAAAACAACUCUUGAGGGAUUCAGAAGAUUAUAGGACUUGAUAUUUUCAACCUGUAACUCGCUUAAUGCUAAAAAACUGAGAAGUUUCAAGGUAUGAGAGAGAAAAGGUUUGAUGCUUUUAACGGCCAUUCGAUUUCAAUACUUGGUCGUAGUGAAGCUUUGAAAUAUUGGGUAUCUAUUGUUGCACUUCUGAAAGGUUCUCCUUGAGUUUGCAGAGGAAAGUUUAUCCCAAAGAUGAUAUUGGUUGAGGAGAAAGUAACACUGACAUUGUUGGUCAAGGGAUUUUAUUGCCAGAAUCAGUUCCUGCAAUAUCCUCUGGUUGAACAUGAUAAUUUUUUUAGAAUUGUAGAAUUCAAGCAUUAUUUUGAAUGACUAUAGGAAGUUUGAGUUUUAAUGAAAUCAAUUUCCUUUACUUGAGAAUUGGUUAUGUAAGCUUUGAUUUUGUUUUUAAAGCAUGCAUUUGCAGUAGAUGUACUGAAUUUUUGUAUUAUUCUGUGACUCGUAAUGACACUGUACUACAUGGGUUCCAGAUGCAUGCACGGAGAUAGUGAUGCUGACUUUAAAGAAUAUGUGAAAAUCAAGGGGACAAGGUGUCAGUUUUUAUUUGUGCAUUUUUAAAGAGAAAUUUACAUCAUGUUUGUGCCUGUCUGUAUGAUAUCACACUUCACAUUUCCAUUUUUGCAAAGGUUUUAGUUAUCUUGCUACCAAUCCUUGCUGUGCCAUAAGUUAUCCCUGUUCUGUUUAUGCAGCACUUUCACCCCCUCGUGUCUUAAGUUUAUUCUUAUUUUCGUGAACCAAAAUACAGGCACAGCAUUUGUGAAUCAAAUAUGGUAGCUGUAAGCUAUUAUGUUUUGAUAAUGCCAUGUACUUUGUUAUGAAAAACUUAUAAGAAUGAUGCAUUUUCCUACAGUAUCUUCAAUCACUUAACCAUGAGCCAAUUAAUGUUUGUAUUAGUACAUGUUAAUCAUCAAGAAGCCAUAUUGUAUAUUCAUCAUCAUUUUGUAGUAGCAUGUAAUUGGCUCAUCCCAGUUCAAAUUUCCCAUGCUUAUUUCAUAGAAUAAAUGAUUUGUAUAAAAGACUGGGCAUGAGGAUUUUCUGCACACCUGUGUACAUAUGUGGCAUUACAUAAUAGGUUGUUAGAAUAAACUAUUUUAAUAUAU